AUGUAUUCUCAACUCCCCGACCCAAGCCCUGCCAAUGUCAACAGAGGAUAUUAUAGUGUCCAAUACGAUAGAUGGCUACCAAGUUUAUCACCAUCUCCACAACCAGAACCACCACCGCCAUCACCAUCUGAAAUUCCACUACCUCCAUCGCCUCCGCCUGCCACACCAACCAAAAGGAAGAAUGGAAAACAAAUGAUUUCCAUGAAAUCUAGAAAGCCCAGAACUCCAAAACAGAGGGGAGUGACAUUGCGAGAUGGGCGAGCAUUUGUCUGCAUCACCUUGUGUAUGGAAUGUAAGGAUACAAUCAAAGUUGAAGAGGGCCUCCUCAAAAUUUCUUUGUGUUCUCCAUGUAAAACUCGUUUGUUGAAGUAA